AUGUCUGUCUCUUCCAGUUCACAAGUUCGUGUUGCUGUCACCCAGGCUGAACCCGUCUGGCUCGACCUGGACGCAACGGUCGACAAAACCUGUACUCUUAUUGCAGAAGCUGCUGCGAACGGGGCACAGCUAGUGGCUUUUCCUGAGUGCUGGAUACCUGGAUAUCCCGCUUGGAUUUGGACACGGCCGAUAGAUCAGUACUUGACGACCUUGUACAUGCAGAACUCCCUCAAGGUUGAAUCGCCCCAAAUGGCCAGGAUAAUAGAGUGCGCAGAGACGAACAGAAUCACAGUCUGCAUCAGCUUUUCCGAAAACAUUCAUCAUUCCCUGUACAUCGCACAGGCCACUAUUGGUAGCAACGGGAAAAUCCUCAACCUCCGAAAGAAAAUGAAGGCAACACAUAUGGAACGCACUAUUUUCGGUGAUUCCCUAGGCGACUGCCUGCACAGCGUGGUGGAAACACCUGUCGGCCGUGUCGGUGCCUUAUCAUGCUGGGAACAUGUUCAGCCGCUUCUCAAGUACAACACGUACUUGCAACGCGAGCAGAUCCAUAUUGCAGCUUGGCCGCCAUUAUUCAAUCACGACGGAGGUGGUGGUCUCUAUUCCAUGUCCUCUCAAGGCACUGACGCCCUCGCCCGAACAUAUGCAAUUGAGUCACAGUCUUUCGUUCUUCACACAACAGCCGUGUUAAGCCAGUCAGGUAUUGAUCGUAUGAAUACCAAGACUGGAGCAAUCAUGAACAGACCAGGUGGUGGAUUCUCGGCAGUUUACGGCCCUGAUGGCCGUAAGGUCUCCACCCCUCUCCCUGAGACUGAAGAGGGCAUUGUUUACGCGGACCUGGACCUGAAUGAUAUCUGCAAGUCCCGGUCGUUUCUUGAUGUUUGUGGUCACUAUAGUCGCCCCGAUCUACUGUGGCUAGGCAUCGAGGGUGGUAUCCAGAAGCAUGCCAAUGUCCAAGGAAACGUGAUUUGCCAAUCACAGUCAGGCUUGCAAACAAAGGAUUCGGAUUCAGACCUUGUCAAACCUGCAAUUUUCGGAAUCGAAGAUAGUGGGAAUCGGGUAGAAGCAGAAUUUCAUACUCAAUAG